UAGAUAGAUAGAUAUGAGGAUAGAAGAUAAUGCAGCAUCUCGAUCAACACCGUAAGCCACCAUCUAGUCCAGAAAGGUAGAAAUCGACAACAAGAUUGAUCGAUGGCCGGUGCGCGCGCUGGCGGGUCGUUCCUCGCCGUCACCCUCGUGGUGGUGGUGGUGGCCGCAUCAUCCAUGCCGGUGGUCAAGGGGGAUGACAAGUCUGCUUGCGUCGGCGAGUACUCCAAGCUCUGCGGCAACAAGGACCCCGCGUGCACCACCAUGGUCGAGACGACCUGCCACGAUGAUGCCGACAGCGUCAAGGCCAUCAAGGGCAUGUUCGACGAGCUGGCCAAGGUCGGUGGAGACAACUAUGAUUAUGCUUCUACGGCAAUGUCGUGGGGGCACGUUGCUCUCGGCCAUGCCGUCGACGAGCAUGGGGCCUGCCCCGGCAACAAGACGGUCGGAGAUUUUGCCGGCGAGCACUGCAUCCCGGACCUCGACGCGGCAUGCAAGGAUCCCAGCUGCAGCGACGGAGCUUACAUCGAAUGCGGCGGUGCGGCGUCGAGAUUCUGCUACAUCAAGGCCACCCCCGCCGACAAGAAAGCCAUACAGCAAAACUUGAAAUGCUUCAAGGAGUGUUUAGCGCAGAAGAAGAAAAGUGAAGACUGCAUCCUCCACAACAAUGAAAAGUGUCCGGCCGCUUGAAAAAUGAAAAUGCAUGCAUGCAUUCCUUCCUUCCUUCCUUCCUUGUACUUGAGGCAGGGUGUUUCCUUCAUUUCAGAGUGCCUCAUUCAUGCAUGUUUGUUUUCACAUGCGCGUGUUUUCAUCUCAUUUUGUUGUUGCUUUUUUUUGUUCAACAUUUAUUUUGUCUGUUUUUUUUUGUUGCGAAAAUAAAAUUCAUUUUGUUGUUGCUCUUCUUGGAGAGGCCAUAAAGAAAGAGUGGUAUAUAAUUUUUGGAUCA